AUGAUAGGAGGGCUAGUGAUGAUAGGAGGGCUAGCGAUAAAUGGACAUGGAGCGGAGGCCUUGGAGCUAUUUGGCCAGAUGGAGAGGGACGCCGUGAAGCCUAAUGAGGUCACUUUCAUUGGUGUCCUGUGCGCUUGCAGCCAUGGUGGUCUGGUGGAGCAAGCAAGGCAGUGCUUUGAUUCAAUGAGGGCGGUUUAUGGGCUCAAGCCACAAAUCGAGCACUAUGGUUGUAUGGUUGAUGUUCUGGGGCGAGCUGGAUUCUUGGAGGAGGCUGUUUUUCUGGUGCAGUCCAUGGCGAAUGACAAUGCUGUGCUGUGGGGGAGUCUGCUCAGUGCAUGUUUGAUCCACGGGAAUGCCAAGCUAGGGGAAUACGUGGUUGAUCGCCUUGUUGAGCAUAGGCCCGAUGAUGGUGGUGUCUUUGUGCUGUUGUUGAACAUCUAUGCUGCUAGAGGGAGGUGGGAUGAUGCUAGAAAGACACGAAUGCUUAUGAAGUUAAGGGGUCUCAAGAAGAUUUUAGGUUGCAGCUCCACUGGGAUGUUCAUGGGAUUGUUCAUGAAUUCUACAUUGGAGAAUGCAACAGAAAUAUAUGACAUGUCGGUAGAGAUCAGCUCAGUUUGGCACCAAGGAAGAAGACGAGCAAAACCUGGGUCAUCACCUUGUCAGAAGAGACAACGCUGUGCUGUGGGGGAGUCUGCUCAGUGCAUGCUUGAUCCACGGGAAUGCCAAGCUAGGGGAAUACGCGUCGAUCGCCUUGUUGAGCUUAGGCCUGAUGAUGGUGGUGUUUAUGUGCUGUUGUCGAACAUCUAUGCUGCUAGAGGGAGACAGGAUGAUGCUAGAAAGACACGAAUGCUUAAGUUAAGGGGUCUCAAGAAGAUUUUAGGUUGCAGCUCCAUUGGGGUGUUCAUGGGAUUGUUCACAAAUUCUACGUUGGAGAAUGCAACAGAAAUAUAUGACAUGUCAGAAGAGAUCAGCUCAGUUUGGCACCAAGGAAGAAGACGAGCAAAACCUGGGUCAUCACAGUGAUAAGUUGUGGCAAUUAAUUGCUUUCAGGCUGAUUGCCACUUGGAAUUGUCAAGAACCUACAGCUGAAAUCUUCAACCUUCAGAUGCCAGUUCCACAUCAAAGUUCUCCAUUGAAUUGAUCUCAGCAUGUCUACAUCAGCUUAAUUUCUACAACAUUAUUGCUUACUUUCUUCUUUCUUUGGUCUUCCACUAGCUCCUUCAAGUUCAGAAAGCCGACCACUCUUUCACAAGCAUAUAUAUUUGACCUAAAACACCACAGUCUGACCUGUUCCAGCCAACCUUUCACAAGAGAAAAGCUUCUGAGGAGGUAGAGAAAUGGUUUUAUGUUCAUCUAUUGUGAUUUGUACAGUAGGAGACUUAAUGCUAAUUUAUUAUGUUUACACUUGAUAGUGAACAUGACAUUGCAGCCCUUGAAAUGUGA